AUGUAUACCCCAUUAUACGAUUUCGGGCAACAUGCCCUUCCACAGGGUGAAUACGGGUUCAAAGGAGGACAACAAGUACGGCCACCACAGCCAUCACCACCACCCACAGCAGGGUUACAGUUGCCACCGCAACAGGAGACUUUUUUAUUCCUUCCACCAUCAUCGGCAACGACACACCAUCAUCAUCAUCAUCCGCCUAUCUCGACCACGAACAAGCAACAGCAACAGCAGCAGCAUCACAUCGCCGAUAAUUACACGAGUCAACCUUUUUCAUCGAUCAUGAUACCCGAGGACAACAAUGAUUUUCUCGCCUUCUACCCGAUGGUCAAUGUUACAGUAACCAAUGCCAACAAUGACAACCCACAAAGUAUCGAUGUGAAUGAAAACACACCCUCGGCAUUGUACAGCAACAAUAACAACAGCAACACGACAAUGACAGCAUCCUCCUCCACGUCUACAAUCACCGUUGAACCUGAUCCAAAAAGACAUCGCAAAAUGUUGGGUGAACGAGAACCAUGGACGCCUGAAGAGGACAACUUGUUACGUCUUGCAGUACAAUUAUAUGGUGAUCGAACAGAAAAAUGGGCCAAGAUUGCAGCUUGUGUACCGGGACGAUCCAAUAAGAAAUGCCGGAAGCGAUGGUUCCAUUCUCUUGAUCCAUCGUUACGCAAAGGUGCAUGGACUGAGGAGGAGGAUCAGAAAUUGAGGGAAGGGGUCAUGAAGUAUCCCAAUCAAUGGAGCAAGAUUGCCGAUAUGCUUGAAGGAAGAACAGAUGAUCAAUGCGCUAAACGAUGGCGUGAGUCACUUGAUCCAAGUAUCGAUCGAUCGGAAUGGACCACGGAUGAAGAUGAACGGUUAUUGGCAUUAUACCAGGAUUAUGGUUCACAAUGGCAAAAGAUUGCUCAGCAUUUUGAGGGCAGGCCUGGUUUGCAUUGUCGUAAUCGAUGGCGUAAACUGCAACGCAUGGCUCAACUCAAGAAAUUACAACAACAGCAAUUGAAUAGCAACAAUAACGAUCAUCAUCAUCACCAUCAUCAUGCAUCACCUGAACAACAACAUCAUUAUCCUUCUUCCAUGGUUACAACCUCCUCCACACAUCCAUCCCACCAUCAGCAUCAUCAUCAACAACAACAACAUCAUCAGCAUUAUCAGCAUCCUCCUCAACAACAACAACAUCCUCCGCAUCAACACGUGCUUGUAUUGGAAGAAAGCAACCAUCAUCAUCAUUUACAACAACAGCAACCAUUGGAUGAUCCUUACAGUGAACAUAAUCCUUAUGGCUGUGCCAUUUGCAACACCAGCUUUCCCCAAUCCAACGGCUUAUUUAUGCACAUGAAGAACGUCCACGUGGAUCAAGUACAAUCGUUUGACAAGCCCUAUCGAUGUGCCAUGCCCAACUGCACCAAGCGGUAUAAGAAUAUGAAUGGAUUACAGUAUCAUUUACGGGAAGCCAAGGGCUCAUCAGGUCAUAGACCCCUUUCUCGGUAG